GUGCGUGACUCUUUGUCCCCCUUCCAAGAUGGCUGCGUCCAUAAUGCGGCGCUUGUGGCCUCUGGUGGCUGCUCGGGGCUUGCGGCUCCGGGAAGGCUGCGUUUGCAACCAGAGCCCAAGGAGAAGUUUCGCUACGGAGAGACGAGACCGGAACCUCCUGUACGAGCACGCGCGUGAGGGCUACAGCGCGCUCCCUCAGCUGGACAUGGAGCCGCUGUGCGCAUACCCGGAAGAGGCCGCGCGCGCCCUGGAGCUCCGCAAGGGGGAGCUGCGGUCGGAGGAUCUGCCCGCGAUCAUCUCAACAUGGCAGGAGCUGAGGCAGCAGCGGGAGCAGAUCCGGAGCCUGGAGGAGGAGAAGGGGGCCGUGGCUGAGGCAGUGCAGGCCCUGCUGGUAAACCAGGACCACAAUCAAGUGCAGCAGGACCCCCAGUAUCAGAGUCUGCGGGCACGUGGCCGGGAGAUCCGGAAGCAACUCAUGCUCCUGUACCCCAAGGAGGCCCAACUCGAGGAGCAGUUCUACCUGCGGGCGCUGAGGCUGCCCAACCAGACCCACCCAGACGUGCCCGUCGGGGACGAAAGCCAGGCCCGAGUGCUCCAUGUGGUUGGAGACAAGCCAGCUUUCUCCUUCCAACCCCGGGGCCACCUGGAAAUAGCUGAGAAACUCGACAUCAUCCGUCAGAAGCGUCUGUCCCACGUGUCUGGCCACCGCUCCUAUUACCUGCGUGGGGCUGGGGCCCUCCUGCAGCACGGCCUGGUCAACUUCACACUCAACAAGCUCAUCCACCGGGGCUUCACCCCCAUGACGGUGCCAGACCUUCUCCGAGGAGCUGUGUUUGAAGGCUGUGGGAUGACACCAAAUGCCAAACCAUCCCAAAUUUACAACAUCGACCCCUCGCGCUUUAAAGACCUCAACCUGGCCGGGACAGCAGAGGUGGGACUUGCAGGCUACUUCAUGGACCACUCUGUGGCCUUCAGGGAUCUGCCAAUCAGGAUGGUUUGUUCCAGUACCUGCUACCGGGCGGAAACAGACACGGGGAAGGAGCCGUGGGGGCUGUAUCGAGUGCACCACUUCACCAAGGUGGAGAUGUUUGGGGUGACAGGCCCUGGGCUGGAGCAGAGCUCGCAGCUGCUGGAGGAGUUCCUGUCCCUUCAGAUGGAGAUCUUGACAGAGCUGGGCUUGCACUUCCGGGUCCUGGACAUGCCCACCCAGGAGCUGGGCCUGCCCGCCUACCGCAAGUUUGACAUCGAGGCCUGGAUGCCGGGCCGAGGCCGCUUUGGCGAGGUCACCAGUGCUUCCAACUGCACGGACUUCCAGAGCCGCCGCCUCCACGUCAUGGUCCAGACGGAGGCCGGGGAGCUGCAGUUCGCCCACACGGUGAACGCCACAGCCUGUGCUGUCCCCCGCCUCCUCAUUGCGCUCCUGGAGAGCAAUCAGCAAAAGGACGGCUCGGUGCUCGUGCCCCCUGUCCUCCAGCCCUACCUCAGCACCGAUCGGAUCACGACCCCCACCCACGUGCCUCUCCAGUACAUCGGCCCCAACCAGCCCCAGAAGCCCAGGCUCCCGGGCCAGCCUGCCUCGAGCUGAGGACUCAUCCUCGUUGGCCAGUAGGGUUGUCGCUGUUUCCUGGAGCUUAGGGGGUCGCUGGGCCCCUGGGACCUGUUGUCCUGAGCCAUCCCGACAUUUGCCUUCCUCAUGUCAGCUCCCCGCCUGGGCCCCUGGACUCCAGGGUCCACCACUCCUGUGCCCCUACUUCCUCAGGAUCAGUCAGUGACCCUGUUGUCGUUGGAGCUCCCAGCCUGUGCUGGGAAGCAGUGUUUCCUCCAAGGGGACUUGGAGGUUCUAGGGAUGGGGGAAGGCCUCCAUCCCUCCUUCCUUCUUCCCGCCCUCAGUGCUUAAGAGAAAGUCCCCCAAUAAAUAGUGGAACAAAGGCCUUUGUGGGUCUGUGAGUUAGGGGGGUGGCCUGGCCAACCUGCUAGGGAUGCUGGGCUAUUGCUCAGAGGUGCUGAAUCCUCAGGGGGUCUGUGGCUGCAGGAACCAAGCCAGAAGUGUCCAGCAUCCCCAGAGCACGUGGAGGGUAGCUUGGGGGCCACUGAGGGAAUUGAGAGGAUGCCGAGGCCUCUCCCCUGACUCUGGGACAAGUGGCACCUCACGUCCAACCUCCCCCCUCAUUCCCCAGCUCCGGGUGGGGUCCAGGAAGCAGCCCAAACUCGGUGAAGCCAGAACUCACUCCUCCCCUAAGUGCCUCUGUCUCAGUACCUGGAACUGCUCUCCCAGCUCCUCAGGCCGCAGCCCUGAGAGUCAUCCUCGACUGUUCUCUCCUCUCCACAUCCACAUCCCAUCCUUCAGCAAACCCCGGCAGCUCCUCCUUCAAAAUAUUUCCAGAACCCUCCUUUGCCCUCUCGUCCCUGGCCCCUCCCUGGGCCUGUCCACUGGUAUCUCCCAUUUGGAGAGUCGCGGCAGUCUGUCGGCCGUCUUCCUGCUCCCUGUCCCCCGCACAAAGCCAGAGGGACCCUGUGGACACCUGCGUUGGGUCACAUCCCUCCCUGCUCAGGGCCCUCCUGUGGCUCCAUCUCACUCAGGGGAAAGGGCAAGCUGUCACCAUGGUCCACGGGGCCCCACGUGACCUGCCCCCCACCUUCCUCUUCAACCAGCCUCUUCCCUGUCGUGCUCUGGCCACCCCCCAACCUGCCUUGCUGUUCUCAUUCUCAGACUUAUUCCCAGCUCAGGCCUCUGCACUUGCUAGACCACUCCCUGGCUACUCUUCCCUAGAUCUUGUGUGAUUGCUUGCAUUUUGUCACUCAGGCCUUAGCCCAGAUGUCACCUCCUCCGAGAGGGCUUCCCUGACCAGCGUGGCCAAAGUAGAAACCCCAGCACUCAGCAUCUAUGCCGCUGUGCUGCGCUGCGCCGCAGCCUCCUUCCUUGAGUGUUGUCUUUCCCCAUUCUCAGAUGUCUGCUCCAAGAGGCCAGGGAAGUUUGCCAGUAGCCCCAUUCAUUGUUGUAGCACCAGGGUCUAGAAGAGGACUGGGCAUGUAAUGGGUGCUCAAUAAAAAUACCUGGGAUGAAGGAGCUCGGACCUGUGUAGUUCGCAGUGCCAAGCACUGCCCAAGCUAACAUGUGCAUUAACUGAUUUAAUCUUCCCCAUCAAGCUGUGGAGUAGGUUGUCACCAGCCCUGUUUCACAAGUGAGGAACAGGUCUUAGAUUAAGCAGUUGUCCCAGGGCUGCACAGCUGGUAGUGGAGGAGCUGGGACUCAGGUGGGGCCCAGAUACAGCUCUGAGGAAGUAGAUUUAUGAGACCCACUUUCCAGAGGAGAAAAUGGGCCAAGGAAAGGAAGGAGUUGCCUGAGGUUGGUCUGUAAGUGGCUGCCUCUGGAUUCAAACCCAGGUCUCGCCUCCCAGUGGGGCCUUAAGCUCAUCAGACCCUGUUUACCUGGGCAGAGAAUCCCCCCCCCGCCCCCGCGCUGGAGCUCAGGGGCUGGAAGCUGGAGGGGAGGGUGCAGGGAGUGGGCCCCCAUGAAUAAUUGAGGGUC